AUGGCCAAAUUCGUGCUGGCGGGUAGAGCAGAUGACCCAUAUUAUGCUAAAGCAGAACUCCUGGCAGACUAUUUACAGAAGAAUCUUCCUGAUUUUCAUAUAUAUAAAAUUACCCAACAUCCUCAUGAUUGGGAGGAGUGGCUGAAAGAUGUGUGUGAAAAGAAUAAAUGGAGCCACAAGAGUUCCCCCAUCAUCUGGAGGGAGCUGCUGGAUCGCGGAGGAAAGGGCUUGCUUCUGGGAGGAUAUAAUGAGUUCUUAGAGCAUGCCCAGCUUUACUACGGUGUCACGUCUAGCAUGACGAGUGAGCUGAUGAAGGCGAUUGCUCUGGAGAACAUGGAGGCUCAUAUACAAAAAGAGCUGGAGAAAGAAUCCCUGAAAGACCUCGUUGACCCCUUGCAGGUCUGGAUCACCAGUGCAUCUACCCCUGCCUGCCACAGCCUCAUCCCCAUCCUGACCAGCGGGGAGGUGUUCGGCAUGCACACGAAAAUCAGCAUAGCUCUGUUUGACAACGAGCAGGCGGAAGACACCCUCCGCCACCUCGCCAUGGACACGCAGGACCUGGUGUCCCCAGUGCUGCGCAGCGUCUCCGUCUGCACCAGAGCGGAGGAGGCCUUCCGCCAGGCCCACGUGGUCAUCGUCCUGGACGACCCCACGACCAAGGAGGUGUACACGAUGGAGGAGUGCCUCCGGAGCAGGGUGCCUCUGUGCAGGCAGUACGGCUACCUGCUGGAGAAGAACGCCCACGCCUCGGUCCAGGUCAUCGUGGGAGGAAAAACCUUCGUCAACCUGAAAACCUUGCUGCUCAUGAGAUAUGCCCCGAGCGUCGCGCGCAAUAUCGUGGCCGUGGCGCUGGGGGUGGAAGGGCAGGCCAAAGCGGCGCUGGCCAGGAAGUUGAAAACAUCCCCCUCAUACAUCAAAGAUGUGAUAAUUUGGGGUAAUAUUAGUGGAAAUUGCUAUGUUGAUCUGAGAAAAGCCAAGAUUUACAAAUAUGAGAGUGCUAUUUGGGGACCUCCUCACUUUUCUCGCCCUAUUUUAAGCUUGGUUUUUGAUAGUGAGUGGCUAAACAGAGAAUUUGUGACAACUCUUAAAGAGUUGACCGCCACAGGAAAACAAUUUGGAGCCAUGUUAGCUGCACACAGUAUAGCCACUACAUUGAAAUACUGGUACCAUGACUCGCCGUAUGGGGAGAUAGUGUCUUUAGGAGUACUGAGUGAAGGCCAGUUUGGCAUUCCUGAAGGGAUCGUCUUUUCUAUGCCUGUGAAAUUUGAGAAUAGAACUUGGGUGGUUCUCACAGAUCUCAAAGAUACUGAAAUAGGUGAACAAAUGAUGACCAGAAUGGCAAGCGAUCUAAUUCAGGAGAAACUUGUUGCACUUGGAGAUUUGUUACAUUUUCAGCCAUAUCAUCCAGAACAUAAAAUUGACAAUCCUGGUCUAACCCAUGAGGAAGAGAAAGAUCAAGUUAUGCCAGAUGAAUUUGAAGGGUCAUCUUUGGAUAUGUAA